AUGGCUAAAACUGAUAAGGCUAUGGAGGUCAUACUUGUGUAUCACGACCAACUAAGAGCACGAUCUCUGCCACCUACCCCACCUACCGACGUGGGCGAUGAUAGCGACAACGACGCGCCACUCGAUCCAGCGAGUUCUUCCCCUGCCUCUCCCAACCCUAACCUUCGAAGUCAUCCCCAUAGCAGGCAGACUUCCCCAGACGCAGGAGGCCACCCAUUUGCCAACCGUCGCGCACGUUGUCGCGAGACCACGACCGCGGAAAUAGGUGGGUUCCCCGGUCAGAAGAUCACGGAGACACCGGCAGGAAGUGGCGAGUGGUAUGUCUUUCAUUGUGAAGAGCAUAGUCUGCCCCUAGAUGGUCUUUCGCGUCCGGCACAGGCUGCCGCAAGGCAUGCUAUAGCGCAUGGGCUCCCACCAACUCGCCCAUCUGCCAUUGAAGCCUUUGGCAUCAAGAUCGUUGAUUGCGACGCUACAAUAGCCAAGGCACACAACGAUCGGGUCGUUCUCAAGUCUAAGUGUAAAGGCAUCUCCCAAGUUACGAGAGGCACUGGCAACAACCCUUAUCGUCCUCAACGUGGCGCACGCACUGACAGCGAUAUGGCAUCGCUUCUUGGCGAUAUUAGCCCCUCACAUCCUCGGCAUAUCCCUAUCCGACAAGCAGCAGCCACGAGAAAGCGCACCAUUCUCACACGGGAACUGGACGGCACUGUAACGCCCGUUGAGAUUACCGCCAAGACAAUCUACUGGAUCAAGUGGCCGGACGAUGGCAUCUGCUAUCCCGCCUACGUUCUUCCCUGGUCAUCCUUCCCUCGAUUUCGGAGCAAGUACAUCGCCCCAGUUGAUCGUGGACUGUUGGAGUCGGUAGAUGAGUUACCAGCCUGUUAUGACAAAGCCCAUGGUCUCGCUGGUGUUUGGGCAGAGGGAUACAAAGACGGCCAACGAAACAUGCAUAAGAGGGUGUAUCCCGUCAUCUUCUUUACGCUUGGGAAGAGGUUUCCGUGGGAGUGUGAGACUGCUUGGGCUGCGGAGGAGGACUUUCGUGUCUUUGAUGGUGAUAACGAAGACCCUCAGUUCAAGGCGUUGGUUGACCAUUGGAAAGCGAGAGAGAAUCGCCAGACUCCAGAUGAUGAGUUGAUCAGAAUGAGCAAGUUGAUGAUCUUAUGUUUUUCUGGUUUGGGUUACUGA